AUGGAGAGACUAGUAUCUUUUCCAAUUGAAGUUUUGGAAUUGAUAUUUCAACAAAUAAACCAGCACAUGGUUUUGUCCUUGAUGCCAUUACAUUCCACAUUUAAUGAAAUUGGACAAAACAAGUUAUACAAGAAUAUUCAUAUUUACUACAAGAAUAAACUAAUAAAAGCUAACCGUCGUGAAACAAAUAAUGCAGAGGAAUUCUACGAGUGGAGAGCCCAUAAAGACAUUUUGAAUGACUUUACCAAAAAGUUUACAGUUAUUUCAUCACACAAUUUUUAUUGUAAUAUCAUUAAAAAAAAAAUGAUCAGAAAUCAACAUAUUCAACAUCUCAGUAUUGAAAAAGUUCACCCUGUGGAAUAUACUGGAUACAUGUCAUAUAGAGAUAGAAAAGGAGUGCCAGCUUUAUUAAAGGAAGUAUUCAGAUAUUUUAAAAAUAUAGAUUAUGUCAGUUUUGCUGUUUUAAACAAUCAUAUUGAAAUGAAGAACGAAAAUAGUUCAAUUAAGGUUUUAAAAAAUCUCGAUUUUUUGAUUCCUAGAUAUAAUUCUAGCUUUUAUGAGCGUAUAUUGUUUUUGGAGAAAAAUAAUCAAGGGUCAUUUACUUUCUUGUAUGAUAAUCUUAAAAGUUUAAAAUUUCUGUUUGAGGGAUGUACAUCAAAUAGGUAUUAUUAUCGAAGGAAUAUAUUAGAAAGUAUCGAAUUGUUUAAUAAGGUCAAUCUAUUCAAAAGCCUUGAAGAAUUACAUCUAAAAAUUGGAGCACUUAUUGAUUUAACAGAUUCACUGUUCGUUGCCAAAUUGAAUAAGAUAAGUUGCAAAUUGAAAAAACUUGAUUUAAUAUUUUAUGGCAAGCCUUACCGCAACCCUAAACCUGAAAAAUGGUUAUUUACUUUAAAGGACUUUUUUGAUACGGAACAAAUAGUUUCUUUAUCAUUAUAUUACGCUGGCAAAAUGUCUUACAAAGACAAAAUAUCUUAUAAGAAUUUCGAGUUCAAAGAAAUAUUAAACAAUGCCAACUUGGCAAAGUUGAGAAUUUUAGUUUUAUUUUCACAUUUUUUGGAUUUGAAAGAGAUCAAAGUAGAAAAAUUACAUAAAUUGAUAGUAUGUACAGAUAUUGCUAAUGAUACAUAUGCCACUGAAACUGCCAAACUUUUUAUUGAAAACCCAAAUUUAAAAUUAUCCUGGUGGCCACGAUUUAUGGAUGUUGGUUUUGAUGAAAUAUUUUUUAUUUCUGAGAGUUUACAAUUAUACACACCUGACUAUUUUCAAAUUAUAUCUUGUCAAUGGCCAUCGUACUUUUUCAAAAAUGAUAUUAUCACGAUUGAUAAAAAGAUGUUGACUUCUCAUGAGCAAGAUAACAAAAAUUUGAAAAAGCUAGAUAUAAUUUUGAAAACAGAAUAUUCAAUCGAAGAACUUCAUGGCAUGAACCUUUUCAAUACAUCAAAUAUGGACAAACGUACUUUAAAAAUUUUGAAGAAACACGAGAAGUUUUUGUCGUAG